AGCUGUUCAGCGAGCACGAGGAGGCGCGCCACAUGUGGUGGGUGGUGCAGGGCGCGCUCUCCUACCGCUACAAGCACGAGCCCCUGGAGGUGAACUCCAAGGAGUGGAUCGGCGAGGCAGCCCUGUGGUUGCAGUGGCGCUACGUGGGAACGGCGGUGGCGAAGAUCUCGAGCGAUCUCGUCGAGUUGGACGGCAAUGCGUUCCGCGAGAUCGUCCAGGCCGACCUCCCGCAGGCGCAGCGAUACGCGAAGGCAAUGUUCCAGUAUGCCGUCAAGAACUGCAGGAGGUUCCACGACAUGAUGCCAGACAGGGUCCCAGCGCACGUGAUGGCCAAGGACAUCUUUGCGCCGGCAUCCGCGUUCUCGCUGAAAGAGUGCGUUCCCCUCCAGAAGAGGCGCCUGGACGAGUGGAAGCCGGCCGCGGAGGACUGGCAGGACAACUGGACCAGCCCCUGGAGCGACUCGCACUCGCUGAGCAGCUCCGCGCUCAUCUCGACGAUGAUGACGGAGAUGAAGCGCGACGUCAUCAUGGUAUUCCAGACGCUCUUCUCCCAGAACUUGGCCGAGAAGAGCAUCUACAAUUGGCCGAGCGACACGGAGAAGGACCACUACGAGAAACGCGUCCUCUUCCUGAAGCGGCUGAUCAUCAUGCUAGGGAUGUGCCACGUCUCCUGCACGGACGACGACAACAGCACCGAGCUGCAACCGUGGCCGUACCCCCUGGCCUCCGUGAUCUGCCACGGGGGGCGGUGCAUGCUGCGGCUGCAGGGCGUGCAGCCGAAGGAGGUGAUAAAUUGGCUGAUGCUCGGAGACAAGGACGGCAACAACUGGGAGCGCACUGGUGUUCCACCAGGCCCGAUGUACACUCGGCUGGCGGCCUCCCAUAGCGUCAAGGUCGACGCCACGGGCCACCUGAACGAGCUGAAGCUCAAGGGCGUCGCCGGCGCCAGCGGGCGAGGACACAACCUGGGCAUGGACCUGCCCCUCGGAGGCCUGGGCAAUCCUACGCCGAAGCACCCCUCCGGCAGCAUGCUCGUGGGCCCGGCCGGCGUGCCGUACAAGCAGAAGGGCCAAGACUGCGUCCACGUCAAGGACACGCAGGGUGGCGGCCCUCCUCUCGCGGCGGGGCGCGGCUCGAGCGGCCCAGUGCUGCCGGCGACGGUGGGAGGGGCAGGAGUGGAGAGCCACCGCCGCGUCGAGCGGUAG